AUGAUUAUCCGAGUUGACAAAUGCAGUACCUUUGGCAUUAAAAAAGCGAUCACAAAAUCAGUUCAGUACUUGCCAAAACUCCUCAUCAGCAAUCAACUAAUACCAAAAAUCACCAUUGGAGAAUCAUUUCAAUAUUUAGGACGUUACUUUGAUUUCCACAUGUCGAAUGAUAAUCACAAAACUGAACUAACCACCCUACUUAACGAACUAAUGUCUGAUAUUGACUCAAAGCCACUACACCCCAAAAAUAAACUGCUCCUCUACAGUCGCUACGUCUUGUCCAAGUUAGCCUGGCACUUCACCGUCGCAACACUCUCUAAAACAUGGGUUACUGAAAAUAUCGACUCUAUUGCCAACAAAUAUAUCCGCAGAUUGCUUGAAGUACCAAUAUCAGGAACACUAAGUACUGUCUUUCUAACAAAUAACAAAUUUGGCCUGAGUAUUUAUCCUCCAUCUGUAAAAUUUAUCCAGUGUCAAACAGUCCUCCGAAAAGCUUUAAAAUCUUCUCCUAAUGAAUCAACUAACGACCUGUGGAGAGCAACCAGUAACCAUACUAAUAUCCAAUAUGACGCUUAUAACUCUUCUAAGGAAGUUCUCAAAGAUUUCCGUUCUGGACACGAAAACAAACUCCUAAACCAAUUAACCAGUCAAGGAUCCUUUUUCUGUAGCGUCACGAAGUUCGCUUUACCUCAACUUAACAAGGUUUGGUCCAUCGCCCAAUCAAAGCUCCCGAAAAACAUUUACAACUUUACCAUUCGUUACAUUAACAACUCUCUUCCGACGCGCAAAAACCUAAACAGAUGGGCAAUAUCUUCAAAUUCAGACUGUUCUUUUUGUCUUAGUCCUGAAACAUUACUACACAUAGUAGCUGGAUGUCAGUUUUAUCUCGACCGAUUUACGUGGAGACACAAUUCAGUCCUGAACUUUCUUGCUCAUCAGUUACAAACUGUUGACGGUUCUACUCUCUACGCUGAUCUAAAUGGAUUCAAAAGCCAUUCAAUACUUACUGGUGAUACGUAUCGCCCAGAUUUGUUAUUAUCGUGCUCAAAUGGUUCCUUAUAUGUGGUUGAACUCACCACUGGUUAUGAGACAAACCUCAAAAACAAUGUAAAACGGAAGAAGGAUAAAUAUAGAGAACUAUUGAGACAGCUAG